CUCUAGCUCUCGGGAAGUGUGCGUUGUGAGAUACUCGCAAGUCUCCUCAAAGUUUCAAGUAGUUGCCAUGGCUGACGCUGCUGUUGCUCCUGCUGCUUCCCCAGCAAAGAAGGGAGGAAAGGCCAAGGGUGGUGCCGCUAAGCCGAAGAAGGCCGUGGUCCACAACCAUCCUCCUUAUGGGGAUAUGAUCGUCGCUGCCAUCGCUGCCUUGAAGGAACGUAGUGGCUCGAGCCGCAUGGCCAUUCUCAAGUACAUCAUGCAGCACUACAAUGUUGGAACGGAUUCCAAGGUGGUCAACUCCCGCGUGAAGAUCGCCCUGAAGAGGGCAGAAGGAUCUGGAAAGAUCAAGCACGCCAAGGGUGGAGUCGGUGCGACUGGGUCCUUCAAGCUGUCCGAGAAAGCAGAGAAGCCCAAGAAGGCAGUGAAGAAGCCUAAGGCCAAGAAACCAGCCUCACCGAAGAAGGCCAAGGUUGCAAAACCCAAAGCUCAGAAAUCCACCAAGCCCAAGGCAUCGAAGCCAAAGAAGUCGCCCAAGAAGCCGAAGUCCCCCAAGAAGGCUGGAGCCGCGAAACCCAAAGCAGCUAAGCCUAAGGCCGCCAAGCCCAAGGCUGCCAAAGCCAAGGCUUCACCAAAGAAGUAAAAAAAAGACUGUUCUGCAAAUUGCAGAAAAUCCUUGAUCUCGGUUGUGUGGACUCUAAUGUUUACUUGAGUGAAUGAGAAUAUUUGUUGAGUGGAUGUGCUUUUGUGAGAGAGAUAAAGAGCUUUAUCAAUUUUUA